AUGGUAAAGAUUGCUUCUUUAAAAUACUGUUAUAUUUUCCAGCGUGCGCUCGUACAACGAGUGAAGGAAAGGCUAAAAACCAAGUACAAUAUGACGGAUGCUGACUACGACGUAUUAGAAGCUACGAUCGUAAAAAACGUUCCACAUAAGGCGGGUUAUCAGUGGAAGUUUAGUGGUGCUUUCUAUUUUGCAACUACUGUCAUCACCACAAUAGGUUACGGUCACAGUACUCCACUCACAGUCGGUGGUAAGCUUUUCUGUAUGUUCUAUGCAUUGGCUGGAAUACCUCUUGGACUCGUUAUGUUCCAGAGUAUCGGUGAGCGCAUGAAUACUUUCGCUGCCAGGCUGUUGCGAGUUCUGAAGAAGGCUGUAGGUCGAGCGCCAACAGUAACUCAUAUUGACCUGAUAUUUGUGGCUUCGGGACUGGGAACAUUACUCAUCGCAUUCGGAGCUUUGGCGUUCUCAAAAUACGAGAACUGGACAUAUUUCGAUUCGCUCUAUUACUGUUUCACCACUCUCACCACCAUAGGAUUCGGUGACUUUGUGGCCUUACAGAAAGGUGGGGCAUUACAGAAUAAACCAGACUACGUGGUUUUCUCCUUGGUGUUCAUUCUGUUCGGCUUGACGGUGAUUUCAGCGGCCAUGAAUCUGCUCGUACUGCGAUUCCUCACCAUGAACACCGAGGACGAGAAGAGGGAUCAACAGUGCGUUGUUUUCAUUUGA